UCUCCCCCCUUCAGUGCAGAGUCCCCCUCACUGGAGAUCAGUUUCUCUGCUCUGCCAGCGACACAACAGUUCUUUCCAGUCUCUUGGCCCCUGUCUGCCCAGUAACACCUGCCUGACUGCCAGCCAUGCCCUCGGGGACUGUGCCUGUCACCCUGCUGCUUCUGGCACAGGUGGGCUUUUCAGUGAGUCUUGAGGCCAUCCAGUGCCCACCAUGUUCUGAGGAGAAGCUGGCGCGCUGCAGGGCACCCACUGGAUGUGAAGAGCUGGUGCAGGAGCCAGGCUGUGGAUGCUGUGCUACUUGUGCCCUGGCAAAAGGGAUGCCCUGUGGGGUCUACACGCCGCGCUGUGGCUCUGGGCUGCGAUGUUACCCACCUCAAGGAGUGGAGAAACCCUUGCACACACUCAUGCACGGCCAAGGGCUGUGCAUGGAGCUGUCUGAAGUUGAAGCUAUCCAAGAGAGCAUCCAGUCCACAGAUCCAGAGGAGGUUGACCUCCCACCCACCAACAACUUCAGCCCCUGCAGCAGCCAUGACAGAAAAUGCCUCCAGAAGCAGCAAGCAAGAGCCCGUGAGCGGAUAAACAGUGGUGUCAAGAUGAGGAACAACGGGAACCUACCUGUCCGGGAGGACACCCGGCCAGUGGUCCAGGGCUCAUGUCAGAGUGAACUUCACAGAGCGCUGGAGAGGUUAGCAGCUUCCCAAACCCGAACCCAUGAGGACUUGUACAUAAUCCCCAUUCCCAACUGUGACCAAAAUGGGAACUUCCACCCCAAACAGUGUCACCCAGCGUUGGAUGGGCAACGAGGGAAAUGUUGGUGUGUGGAUCGGAAAACUGGGGUCAAGUUGCCGGGAAGCCUGGAGUUGAAGGGAGAACUGGAUUGCCAUCAACCUGCAGAUAGGGUGCAGGAGUGACUGGACAGAUGAUAAGGGGACAUUGAGACUUUCCUUGACGAACUGCCAAGGAAACUCAUGGUGCUGUUUGAUGAGCAGAUAGCAAAUGAAUGGGGAUGUUACCGCAAUACUCUUUUUUUUUUUUGAGGGGGAAUGAUAAUGGCAGUAAGGUCUGCCCCUCUCCUCAUAACUACAUUAAUCCAAGCCUGAUGUGGCCUAGCCAACCCACAUCACUCUGGUGUUUAAUUGGGUAGGAAUUAGCAACCAUGGUUCCUUCUUCACAAACUCUGGAAAUGACAUUCCGUUUGACUGGCCGUCAGUGACAAAAAAGAAAGAAAAGGUGUACAAGCGUUAACCUUGAGUACUUGGAUGGGUCUUUUGAGUUUCCCCAGGUAGGCCUACUUUUGCUUUCGGCACAGGCCUCUACAAGGGUAGCCAAAAUGGUGCCCUCCAGAUGCUGCUGGAUUCCAACUCCCAUCAGCCCCAGCCAGCAUGGCCAGUGGUCAGGGAGCGCGAGUCUAACAACUUCUGGAGGGCACCACACUGGCUACCCUGGCUUUGGAAAAUGGCUUCUUCUGCAAGGGUUUCUGCCGAGAAAGGAAAAAGAGGAAUGGAAGACUUCUUCCCACUGUUUGUUGGGAAACCCCCAAAAACUAAGCAGGUCAAAUAGUGCCUGGAUCCUCCACAUCCAAGUGUACUCUAGCGCUUUGGGGCAAGAGCUACAUUAAGUUGGGAAGUGAUAGGCUUAUUGGGCAGACCUUGUUUUCCAGCCAGGACCAGCUGGAGUUUAGCCCUAGGACUUGCUUUCAAAGCCAGAGCUCAGUUCUCGACCAUGUGAAGCGAUAAUAAAGGACAGAGAGUGCUUUUGAACAUGUGAAUCGGGUGCCUCCCAGACCAAAAGAGCAAACACAGCCUGAUCCCAGUUCCUACAUCUCUGGAUUAGGAUGCAAGACAAAUAACAGGGCUUCCAGGCAACUCCCCCUUUCCCCCCUUAGUUUUAAGGAAUUAAUUGCAGAUUUUAGGUAAUAUUCAAAAACAGAUGUAGGGAUGCAUCAGCUUGAAGGUGCAGAUCAUAAAAUAAAGGCACUGUAAAGAAGCUUCUGGAUCAUCAAUCCGUAACUACUGUCAUUAAAAUCAGUUUUAACACUCCCCGCCACCAAUGAAUUAGUAUUAUCUGCAUGUUAUUCUGUCCCUCUCUGACCCGUGUGAAAUUCACAGUCAGUUGACUUUAAAGGAGAGAGAACUGGUGUUAGAAGUACAACUUAGCACCCUCAGAAUCUCGGCUUUCGUUUAAAAAAGAAAAGAAGGCAGGUUUUGAAUCUAGAGAUUUGCUUCCAAAAAGGGGCUUGAAAUUAUCACGUUCUUAAGGUUGCUCACCCCCACCCUAGAGAAUGAAGUCAUUUCAUGCAGAAUAAAUAUCAGAGGAAGCUAUUAGGCCUCCUGGCUGGCCUGAUACCAUGAACUGAGAAUACAUCCCAGAACGUGUUCAGUGCCCCAUGGCAGCACAUUGCAAGGGAGGAUUGUUAGUGGGUGAACAAGUUGUCUUUGAGAGAAGCUUGCCCACCAUUACCUCUGACGGAAGGCAGCACGCCUCUGGACACCAGUUGCUGGGGAACAUGAGUGGGGAGAGUGCUAUUGUACUCAUGUCCUGCUUGCAGGCUUAAGAAACGUACAUGCAAAAAUUACCAAAUUGGUUUAAUUUAUUUACUGUAGGUAACAAAAUUCACUCUACCCAGUGCAGAAUUUUGCUUUGUUCCUCCUUCUCUCUGACAGCCCUUGUAAAAGAUCAGCCAGCGGUAGUUUCAAGCCAAAAUCCAAGCAGGCCUCCAAACUAAAAAUGCUCAGAAUAAUACUAGGGCUUCUUCUGACCAGACUUUAGACGGCGGCAUCCGACACAGCCAGAAUCAAGCUAAUUUUCCUUCAGCGCAUAACUUUCUUAAGAAUGAUUAUGGAUUCUAAUUAUAUGAGCAUAAAAGGUAGGGCCCUCAGGCACUCCUUGUAAUGGGAAAGUGACUUGCUUCGCCCAAAUGAAAUGGCUCUUGUUAGCCAACAGACCCCUACUGCAGGGGUUAGGCAGUUCUCUAUACGGCUUAUUAUCAAAUAUAUAGGCCUGGUUCAUAUGUCACAUUAAGCUAAACCUUGUCUCAACACAAAUGUGUGAGCUCCCAGAGAGGUGAUCAUCAUCUCUUUGCUCAUCCCCAGUCAUUCUGCUGUUGCACUGUGCUGAACUCAGCCAUGGUUUGGCUUAGUGCAUUGUCUGAAUCUGUGGGUUAGCUCUCCUGGACCAAUCAUGAGCUGUAAACCCUAGAACAAACCUUGGAUAAAGCUCAAUGUUAGUCUGGUGAGAGCUGAACUAUAAGCCCAAAUUCAGACAGCUUAGUUCAGGGAAGUGCAGCAGCAGAAUGACUAGGAAGGAGCAAGGCAGCUGCAAUCUCAUCUCCCUAAGCCAUGGUUUGACUUAGUGUGACAUGCAAACCAGGCCAUAGCUUGGCCUGGCCAUCUUUCUUUGUUCCAUUCAACCAUGCAAGGUGUCAAGAAGAGAGCUCUGAAGCAUCUGUUUCAGUGGCUGUUCAUCCAUUGACCAGCUCCCGUGUAUCCCAUGGGAGUAAAGACUUUACUACAUGAUCAGCCAGUGGCAUUUAGUAUCAGGCUGCAAGACACACAAUGCUUUCCUGUACCAUCAUAAUAAAUACACAGUGAUGAUACGCUUGCUGAUGUCAAGGUUGCACUUUUGUUGAGGGGCUACUGCAGUUCCGAGCACUAGAUGCACUAUUUUUUUUUUACCCUUUUAAAAAUAAAGAAAUAAUGUGCUCAAUGUUUGUGUGCUCCCUGCUGUGCAAUCCAACCCCUGGAGAUAUCAGUGAUUUCGUUUUUAAGCAUGGAACCCCUUGCCUCAGUCUGCCCUGCCAUUAUUUAAAAUUAGAUAUGCGUGUUUUUUUAAAAAAAUAUUGAUGGCUGAAUGUUCCUUUGCUGUGUGUGUCUCUGCUGUGCCAAACCAUCCACACACACCCCUUGUUAAAUCAAGGAAAGAGCUUGCAAAUACCAAACUGGCCAUUUUACACGAACGCACGCACGCAUGCACGCACACACACACGUGAGAGAGAGAGAGAGAGGGAGAGAGCUGCCAGGCUACCCUUUCAUCCAGUAUGUGGAGGUAAGAUCAAGGGUCCACUUGUAACCCUCUGGAGCAGAUUUUUGGGGUGCACAAGUGGCUUGUGAAAUGUUGGAUACAACCGAAAGCGCUAUUGGUGCCGGAUAGGGGCUUACAGGCUUGUUGCACUAAAUAUAAUAUCUGAUUUUGGGAUUGUUUUGAUCAUGCAAGAAGGUCCUGAAAUGCAUAUAUUGCUGUGUGUUGUAAUGUGCUGAAAACUAUGAAUGAGAGACAAUCAAGCAAAGGACAUUAAACUGUUCGUUGGGGAAUUUUUCUUCUUCAAAGCUAUUGUGAAUUUAUUUUCCCAUUUAAUAAGAUAAAUGUUUCACAUUGCAUCCCCCACACCCAAGCCCAUGAACUCAAAACAGAAUAUAAAGAAAUGCUCGCUCUCUCGCUCUCGCUCUCAAAUGGAACAACACAGCACAUUUUGCUUCCUCAGGCAAAGCAGCAACUGUCUCCUGCUCCAAGUUAAGGUGCAUAGGCCAACCAAGUUAUUUUGAUGCCUGAGGCAGAACAUUGCACAAGUUCCGCUUCCUGGCAGUUAUAUCAGAAUCAUGACACCUGAAAUCAACUGCCUAAGGCAGGUCACCUCACUCCGCCUAAUGGUAGGGCCAGCCCUAGUUCAAUAAUCAUGAACUGGGUUGGCAGCACUGCUUACCAGUGGCUCUUCAGAUUAUCAGGCGGAGCUCUUUUCCCCAGCCUGACUCCGAGAGCCUGUAUGUAGAAAAUUCAGUGGAGGCUUGUCCAUAAGGGCAAGUGGGGCGCUGCUCCACUAGCCUCAGUCUGCCCUCACCUGCCUGCCUUCUUAUUUACAAGCAGUCCAGGAGGUGGCCCUGCCUGUCAGCUUCCUCUUCCUCAGUCUCAGGGUUGCCCUUGUAGAACUCAGUAGGGAGGAGGACAGGGAGCAAAAAUAGAAUUAGUCGGUUCCGUGUGGUGUAGUGGUUAGUUAAGGUGUUCGACUACUACCUGGGAGACCAGGGUUCAUAUCCCCACACAACCAUGAAACUCCCUGGGUGACCUUGGGCCAGUCACUGCCUCUCAGCCUCAUGGAAACCCUCUUCAUAGGGUCGCCAAAAGUCGGAGUCGACUUGAAGGCAGUACAUUUACAUUUUUAUCUGUCAUUGGCUUGGGCUCUGUCUACUGUUUGGGCUUCCUACAUUCUGGCCCACUCAUCUUGAUGGGCACCAGCCAUCAUUGGAGUAAUGCUAGCUAAAGAUUAGGGUCCAAACUAAAGCUUACAGCAGGGGUGGCAAAUCUGUGGCCGCCCAGGUGUCGUUGAAUUAUAACUCAUAUAAUCCCUGACCAUUGGUCUUGCUGUCUGGGACUGAUGGAGUUGGAGCCCAACAAGAUCUGGAGGGCCACAGAUUCUUCCUCGCUAUAUUCAGAAUCCUCUUCCCCCUCCCACCUCAACAAACGGGGAGAUGUAAGUUGGGAAAGAGGCAUCCAUACUUCCUCUUUGUGACACCAAGUUUGGGCUGGAGUUUUUGAUGUUGUACAUGCAUUAUGACCCCUACAGCUCUGUCUGUCUAUAAGAGCUGGUCUACCUGUGACUUUAUACUUCUUCAUGGCGACUCCUCUUGUCCUUCCUCUCUGCCAGGCUUUUGCGUGCAAUUAGUGGUGUGAUUAUGUGCUAAUAUAUCAGUUGCAAUGUUUUUAAUUGCUGUGAAUUUUAUUGCUCUUUUUUGGUGUUUUGAAACUAUUUUUUUUAAUAGUUGUACAUCACUUGACUUGAGCAGUUCUUGGGAAAGCUAUUUAUAAAUGGUAAAAAAUAAAUAAUGCACAAAUCAAAAUCAAUCAUGUUCAGCAUGGAGAGUUUCCACCACAGGUGGGGAACUGUCCGUGCACUCUGGACAAUCUCCUUAGCAAGCUACAUUAGGCUAUCCAGUGGAGUGAGGAGAACUGACAUAAUGAACGGCUGCCCUGAACAACGAUAAAGAAACCAGGCAUUACAAAUCCACCUUGUCUCGAUUACGGCGAAUUGGUCUGUCGCUAUGGAUUUGCAUAAAGAUAUCUGUCAAGAGUCUGGGAUGGGAAGUUUUCUUUCAAUGCAGGAUUGGUGAUCCUGUGGCUUUCCAAAUGUUGCUGGACUCCAGCUCCCAUUAUUUCUGACCACUGAGCCAUGCUGGCUGUGGCUGAUGGGAUGUGGAGUCUCGCAACUUCUGGAGAACCACAGGUUCCCCAUUCUUGUUUUAAUGGCUGUGGACAUUUCCUGAAUGGUCAAUUCUCUUGGAGGGGGUGAGUCUCGGAUCAGUACCCUGAAAAUCAGACAGGUGUGUGUGUAUAAGAAAAAAAGCAUUAGGGCCAAACUACAUGUGAUAGUUAAAUAUCUCUUUGCAUUUAAAGUGUAAGAUUUUAAGCAUCAGAUGGGGGGGGAGGGUAAUUAUUGGAAUUCCAGCAGACAUGAAGGGGAAAUUUAAUCCUAUCAUCCCCUGCAGGGUUCCUGAAGUAAAUCCCUCCUCUAACACUAAUACUUGGAGAAAAUCUCAUUCUGGCACCAAUAGGGGAUUUCCUCCCAGUGCAAACAGCACCUUCAGAGGAGGGAUUUGCCACAGCAAGGAUAAACAGUAAUACCUUACGCAAAUGGGGGAAGGACAAGGGAGUGUGUAACCUCAAAAUUACUGGGGGCAUGGUCAUGUAACAUCAAACCAUGGUUUUGUGUUACAUGUGAAUGGGCCCAGAGAGAUUACAAAAGAGAGUUCUGAGAAUUUUUAUUUGGAGUUAGUUGAAAUUUAGAAAGGUGGUUUUCGGGAACUGCUUAAGUUUCUCUCUGAAAGAUCUCUAAUCAGAGUGCUCAUUUGCUUCCACUUAUGCUCUGCUUGUAUAUUUGUAAAUAAAGGAAAUGUUACGAAGAUA